CCGUGGUGGAGGGGUUAGAGUCGAUGACUUCUAAUCCAGUUACCUCUCUGGCGUGGGUUCGAUACCCGGGAGAUGCUUUGGUAGUUUAGCGCGGAGGAAGGUAGUUUAGUACUGGUGUAACUCUCCAGGAACGAUGGUUAGGAAACUACCCGCCUAUAUGACUGAAAUACUGUUGAAAAAGGCGUAAAAUGAAACAAACAAACAAACAAAAUCUUGUCACUAACCAGCGACCCUUAACCAAAGUCAAAUCAUGAAGAAAGUUGCAUCAGUAUUUUAUUUUUUAUCUUUAGUCUAGUAUAUAUAUAAUGUUUUUCAAUCCCUAAAUGAAAUGCACUUCUUUCAGAUGACUACAAAAGAAUUUGUUGUUAAACCGUUACAAAUUCCGGAUGAUGGCACGAAGGUUAUAUUGGAGUAUAUAAUAGUGAAGUAUACUCGUUCGAGUUUUUUGUCUAAAACAUAUGUGGUGGAUACCGAACCAAAGUCACAUAAUGAGUGCCCGGUUCGGUAUAUACACGAGUUCGAUACAAUCGAGGCAAAACAUCCGGCACCUGAGUUGGCUUUGGUACCUGUUGCUAUGUGUAGAGAUCCAUUUAGGCUAGGCAAGCAUAAGAUAGUUCUCUGUGAGCCAGCUUAUCCAGAUAAAAGAAAUAAAGACGUCGAGUAUAAUAUAAGAAAGAAAUGUAAAGAAAUAUUAGAUCAAGUAAAGGAACAUGAGCCCUGGUUUGGUAUUGAGCAAGAAUUCUACAUUACUCAUGAAAAUGAUAUUCCCUUAGAUUGGGCACAUUUCCAGCCAUCUAUAGAUAUUAACAGUGAAUUGACAAUUGGAGAUCAUGUAGGUUUUGAGCGCCAAUUUGUCGACCUUCACCUACGAGCGUGUAUUUAUGCUGGUUUAGAUAUGUACGGAUGUGUUAGAGAAAUGAAUCCAUCACAGUGGGAGUUUCAAGUCGGACCAUCGCCAGGUAUUCAAGCUGCUGACCAUGUGAUAUUUGCCCGCUAUAUUCUCCUACGUCUUGCAGAAAUGCACAAUUUAAAAAUAUCCUUCCGUAACAUCGACUGCGCUCGAGGAACAAAUGCUCGACAAACGUUUCAUCUUAAUUUUAGUACCAAGAAAUCUCGAGAAGAAGGUGGUUUACAGACUUUAUAUAGCAUAAUAGAUAAUAUAUCAAAGUAUCCCCAAGAAGCUAUGUUUAAACAUUACGACAUAUCAAAUGGUGAGGAAAUGAAAUGGUAUUUGGAUGGCGAGUUUUACAUGCCGUUAUAUCACGAAUUCAAGUAUACAGUAGGAGACAAACAUCAAUCAAGUAUCAGAAUACCAACCCAUGUUGCAGCUGAAGGUAAAGGUUACAUCGAAGAAAGAAGACCAGUAUCUGACGCCGAUCCUUAUGAUGUUUGUCGGGUAUUUACUGUAGCGGCUUUAUUUGAUCAUAAGGGAAAUGUGUUGAUUUGAUUUUUGUUGCAUGAAGUUUGGUACCACAGCAUCAAAAGGAACUAGUCACUAUUCAGACUUUAUUAAGCAGGAUGAUAAAGACUGGAAAUUGUUUGUUACAUACAAAGCA